AUUUCUCACACACACUCAAAAUUUACUGUUUUUCUAACCUUUUCAACACUCAACCAAAACGAAAACAACGCGGCGUCAUUUUGUUCCUCCUGGAAAUUGUAGCGCCCUUUGAAGUGUUUAACAACAAAACUGAAUAACGGAUUACAUCAAACACAACCGAAUCGAUAACAUUCGAAAAAAUAGCGUACUGUUUAACGCAACAAAGCAACCAUUGGAAUAAUAGUGCGUAAAAAUGUCGGUCGAUAAUCAGUACGAAAAGAGUAAAUACGAGAUGAAUACGUAUCUAAACUGGAACCAGCGUCUGGACGACUCCGGCAAUUGCUCCUCCGACAAUCUGGCCAAUCUUAGCUACGUGUACGAAGUGGAAUCGAAUGACCUGACGGAUAUUGGAGCGUCCGAUGUUACUCCCGUAAACGAACUACAGGAUGGUUAUCUGGAGGAAAUAGAGCGUUCGGACAGAAAAGCAAAAUAUAACAUUAUCCAAGGUAAGCUGAACCUGAACGAGAAACGUGGACCAAAGUUUCUAUGCCAAGAAUGUUGUUAUUCGAUGCACACGCGGCUAAGUAUGAUCACGCAUAUGAAAAUGCACCUCAAACCAUUUUGCGAAGUCUGCUUUGUAAUGUUUGAAACCCAAGAUGCCGUGAUUGGCCACAUCAACGCGUUUCAUCCGGAGGUAGUGGUUCGCGAUGGGACCCCAACCCCUAAGGAUUAUUACUACAUGCAGACCAUUGCUCCACCCAAUACUCCUAAUCCCAUUUCGGACGAUGAAAUGCGAACAAUCGAAGGUUUGGUGAAUCCAAUUGUGAAAAAUCCGGUAAAUGCGCUUACAGUAACGAAGAUUCUCAGUCAACAAGAAAAUGUUGACGCGACUAUCAGCACCGAUGAUGAACACGGACUGGUUAUAGACGAACAAACCCGUCGUCCCCGUGCGAUGCCCCGCAAACGAUCUACCCCUGGCUUGAAACGUCAAAUCAAGAAAAAAUCUUCAGUGAAAGGUAAACCUGUAGAUGGUUCUAAACAGGAAAACGUCAUGAAAAAAAUCACGUCUAGGUUUGGGCGCGCCAUUAGUUUGAAAAUACCCCAGUAUUAGAUAUAAAGAUUUAUCUUGUCUUCUGUCUUUAUGAAAUUGAAUUUGCUCAUUUGAAGCCUUUUGAAAAGGUGCAUUAAAUGUUAAGUUUUUCUUUUCUCUAAAUA